AUGGGAAUCAACCCUGACGUGGCUACACCCAUGGCAGCCAGCUUUGGGGACCUCAUCACUCUCGCCUUGCUGGCCUGCUUCAGUCAGUGGUUCUACUCCUUCUUAGAUUUGUAUCCCUAUGUGUUGUACCUGGUGGAUCUGUUAUUUUUGUGCCUGAUUCCUCUUUGGGUGGUCAUCGCCUCCAAACAUCCAGCCAGUCACAUCCUGCUCCGCAUGGGCUGGGAACCAAUCAUUACAGCAAUGGUGAUCAGCAGCAUUGGGGGACUUAUUCUGGACAAGACUGUGUCAGAUCCAAACCUGGCAGGAAUCCUAGUUUAUGCUCCAGUCAUAAAUGGUAUUGGAGGAAACCUCGUCUCAAUACAGUCUAGUCGUAUUUCUACCAAUUUGCAUUUGAAUUACUCAGCUGGAGAGGUUCCUGAAGACCGUAGGAGGUGCUACAGCCCUUGCCGCAUUUUCUUUGGUUCAGGAGCAAACCAUCGAUCUGCUCAGGUCCUGCUUCUUUUGGUCAUCCCUGGUCAGCUCGUCUUCCUAUACGCUAUUCACCUGAUUAAAGGAGGCAACACUUUGCCCAGUCCUCUCUUGACAGUCGCCUUCUUGUCUGCUUCCCUAAUUCAGGUCUUCAUCCUGCUGUGUACAGCUGACUAUAUGGUACACUGUUUAUGGCGGAGGGGUAAAGACCCCGACAGUUACUCAAUACCCUACCUCACAGCCCUCGGAGACCUGCUAGGGACUGCACUCCUCUCUCUUGCCUUUUUCAUGCUGUGGUGCGUUGGUGACUCAGGCAGUGUAUAGGUUCAAAGCAGCAAAAGGUUUGCGGAAGAACAAAUACAACAAAAAAUCUCUUUAAAAUUAUAAUACAAGUACAAAGUAACUGAAUAUUUUUCAUCGAAGACAGUCAUCCAUUUAUCUUUCACGCUUGUUUCACCUUUGUCAUCAUUAUCCAACUAACAGUGGCACAUUUCUCAGAUGUUUAUUAUGCUAAUUAAAACUUUAAAGCUAGGGUUGGCAACUUGGAGUAGCUAGAUUUUAAAAGUAUCCAAGUAUUAAAUGUGUCAGAGCAUUUGAUUUAUUGACGACUGUCGGGAUGCACAGAGAAUUCAACAAAUAUAACAAAAAUGCUUCUGGAAUAAAUUGCCUACCCUUGUUUUAAUGGUUUUAACCAGACCUUGUGUGUUAUGUCUGAGAAGAUUCUUAGUCAUCCGGGUCAUAGUUAUCCAAGAAGGGUUCAAAUUAAGGGCAAAUAGACUUGGUUGAAGAUACUUGAUGAUGUGGGGUUUUGUUCCUUGGCUGGGUUUCCCUCAACGAUAGACCAGAGACAAGUCUGUAUCUUUAGAUUUUUCAAUAAUUUAUUUAUAUAAGAAAAAGGUACAAAAUAUGAAAAUGACAAUUAAUACAGAUUACAUUAAUUUAUAGAAGUUAAUAGAAAAUUAAUUGCAAUUGAGAUCACUUUAGCCUCCUCAAAGGAAUCUCCUACCAAUAUCCUAAAGAUUACUCAAAACCCUCAAAUUCACUCAGAUUAGCCUUCUAAAAUCAUUGGACAUUAAACUUUACAUCAUCCUGAUAUUAAAUGAUUCAAUGAUUAAAUCCUAAUUCUUAGAGAGAUUACUAACCCCAAUUUUGCCGGAGGCUCAUCAUUCCCCCUCUCUGGAAUCAAGUCUAACGGCCACUCCUUGUUAACUCAAAUAUAAACCCCCCAAAAUUACAGCCACGUAUGCAACAUGGUGGAUUUCUAACUGCGUCAUCUCCUAAGUACUUUUCCUUCAAUUCUUUGAGUUCACAAACACAAGUAUCACCUCAUUUUCAUUGUGCAAUAUCCUUUUGGAUCAAAUUCUGGGGACCCUCCCCAGUUUCCUGCAGCCUCUAAGCUGUUUGCCUACAGUAACCUUAUAAAUUUGAUAGAAACACAGAUGAAGAAAACAUAUUACAUUCAAUUCAAAUACACACCUUAACAUGAACAUAUUGCUAUAUAAUUCUAAUAGUGAGUACAUCUGAACCUUAAAUUCCCAGUUCCAAACAGUUCUUGAUCAUAUACUUGAGGAAAGCUUUAACUGAGGCCACCUCCUUGUGAACAUGUGGGUUCACGGGUCCAGCUUUACAUUCUGUGUUGCAUGUCUAUAUGACUUUUACAUUAGUUUAGAUAACCUUAGUGAUUACAAUCUCCCCAACUCCUCCUUUAGUCUGUCUCUCUCCCAUGUGCAGAGUGUUCCUGAAAGUUCUUUGGCAAAGCAAAAGGAAUUUGUAUCUAAUGGAUCCUUAUCUCGCGUUAUCUCCCGUCUUUGUUUACUCAAAAGUGCUCCAAUAAGUACUUUCCACAGCUGAUUCUCCUUACAGCUCGUGAUUUUGUUGGCAACAACAACCAAAUGAAAAUAUGUUUUUGACAGUGACAAUUAAGUAUGUGAGCUGUGUCGUCAACAUUUUAUCAAACUAAUCAUUCCUUUAAACUUGUGACUGUUUACAAUUGUUUUUCUGCACAUAGUCCAUAAUUUAUUACUACACGCCUCUUAUCCAAGAGGCUUCUUCACUUCUUACUGACUGGCAGGGAGUCCCAGGUAUUUGACAGUUGUCCAGUUGUCCUUGAAUUUAAACUUCCUUGGAUGCAAGAAAGUAAUGUUUGUGGAGCUUAUGACCAAAUAAUUUGAGUCCCCGAUAUCACCAGUGAAACUAAUGCAGAAUGUGUUGCUUGAGCUUUCACUUGCAAAAAAAUAUUUUAACAAAUACUAGGAAGUUUUAAGUUGGUCCCCAACUGAGGGUUUCUUUUUAAAAAUGGCAAGCUGUUAUUCAUAAAAAAAUUUUUUACAUUGAUUUUAGUGAGUGAGUGCAUUCAGUUGUGUAAUAAACCUGUUCUCAUUAUGCCGUAUAUAUCCAUGUAACCUGCUGUAGCUUUUGUGGUUGAAAAUAUUGUAUAUAAAUGACAUGAGAAUUGUCUUUGUUCUUGCUUUGAAUGGUUUUACUGUUGUCCUUUAAUUGUUUACAUUUUGGGAAAUAAUUUCAACCAGUAAUAAGGCCAAGCUUUCCCAUAUUAAUACAGGUACCUACACUCUCCUGAAAGAUUAUUAUUUAGAAUUAUAUUCUAUUGUAUAAUUAUUAAAAAUGAUUUAUACAAUUUGAGAAAGUU